AGUUGCGGCGCAGACUCGACUCGUUUAGUUUCGUAGAAAAGCGACGUGCGCGCAUGCGGCUUUUCCACCGCGACUUUUCCAACCGACCUGUGCGUUAUUAUUAUAUUAUAUUUUUUUAUUGUUUCUACCUGGGCGAUACUCUGCUCCAGUGUCCGAUGACUGGGCCAAAAAGCAUCUGUGUUUUUUGAGUGCAUCUGCCUUUUUUGCUGGCGAGUGUUACAGUUGUCGCACGUAAUCGUGCUGGCAGUUACGCCUCAGAAAGCAGCCGAAAAAGUAAAAUAACAGCCAGUAGUAGAUACAAGAUACAAGAGUAUCUGAAACACAUGCGUUACGCUCAGCUGACUCGCUGUGUGUCUGUGUGUGUGUGCUUAGCUUAGCUAACAAAUUGGUUAGAUAAAUUAAGCCAAAACUGCGAAAUUCGCGAAUAAAAAAAAUACAACCCGAAAGCAAGCUGAAACUGAAAGUAAACAGUGCCGCGCAAAACUAGUAAAUGCCUAAAUUUUAAAAUAAAAUAAAACAAAACAUAUAUAUAGAGAUCACAUCGUAUCAUAUCCCCGCUUCUUCCCCCGCGGCUGACCGAAAUAUGUCACAAUUCCGCGAUAAUUCAUGGCUCGCCAAUGCGCGAUCCUAUGGCGUUUUGAAGAGUCUGCGGAGCUCGGCUCGUUAUGCCAAGGCCAAAUCCAAGUCGGCCAUUAAUCUCAAUGCCCACCUGAAGAAACAGCAGAAGCAAGAGGAAGAACAGCACCCGGAGAAGAAGAAGAAGAACGAGGGGAAGAAAAAACUCAGACAGAGCCUGAGCGAGGAUCAGCCGAUCUAUGCGAAUGUGGAUGAGGUUAUACCGAUCCAUCUAGAAACCACAACCGAAGUCGAUGCUCUAAUGGGUAAUGCACAGGCUUCCAAGAUGAACCACCUGCGGGUGCACAAAGUCAAGCUGGGCGGCAAAGAUAAUGCCGCCAUGGCCGAUUUACCCCAAGCCGAUAAUGCCAAUAACAACAACAAUGUCGGAAACAACAACAACACUCCCAGUGGCGGUGCCAAGGGAUUUCUGAACAGGAUCAAGCGUUACUCGGUGCUGGGAAAUAAGCUGGGACGUCGUAAUCUCGGCAGUAUGAACCUGAAUCCAAAUCCAUCCAAUAAUCCCGGCGACAAUGCUGUUUCGCCCAAAAAACUCCAUACUGGUAGCUAUGACAUGACCGGCAGUCAUUCGGAAGAUCAUCGCCUGGAGAUCGGAGCUCCGAUCUUGAUAUCCACCACCACUCUGGAUACGGAUCGCUUCGAUGUCACAGAGGCGAGACUCAAGCAAAUUGGCGGCGGCAUAGCCCUGAACUCCAAUAUUGUGAGGACCCUGACGCCCAGGAGUUCGGAUGAGGAUGAGUUUGUGGACGCCAGGAGCAGUCCGCAGGAAAUGGAGAGGGGUGAGGACCCUCGCAAGCCAGAGAUCUUGGAGAACCAUAAGGAUCCCGACGAUCCCAUGGAUUCCAAGAACACCGACGAUCUCAUGGAUCCCAAGAAUCCCGAUGAUUCCAAGGAUUCAGAGAAUCCCAUAGCAUCCGAGAUACCGCACCAGGAGGAGAAGAAAGAUCUAGAUGAUCUGGAGGAACCUGAGCUAUUUGAGACCCCCAAACACCAGGUGGAGGAACAGCAACCGAAAGAGGUUCUCCUGGUUCCUCAGGAGGUGAAGCGCCCCAAGACCCCAGUGCCCGCUGUCAUGCAAGUUCCAAUGAGACGACCACGUGGCCGUCAGCAAAAGCAAUGGCAGUCGGUGCAGAACCUGCAUCGCAGCGAACUUAUGGUUUACCUACAGAAGUCCAAUUCGAUGGCGUUGGACAUGAAUGUGACUGCCCCAGCCCAACUGGGGGUGGUGGACAUGAAUCUGCCCCAGUUGCCGGAGCUCUAUGGAGCCAGCGAACUCAGUCUGGCGGCCAGUGAUAACAAGGAGAAUCAGCCGAUGGCGAUGCCUUCCGCAGAACGGUCGCCCAUACCAAAUGCUGGCUUCUUGGCCCAACAGCCGCACUUCAAGAGCCUGGACUCGUUCCAGCUGAACUCCCACUCCCACCAGAGCUCCCGCCACAGCUCCCACCAGGGCUCCCACCCGAGCUUGGCCUGCAGCAGCAGCAAUGGGGAAUACGACUUUGACCUUAAGUCGGUCAGCUAUCAGAGCCUGAAUCCCCAGAAUCUAUUUGUGUCCAUUGACGAACUGCAGGAGCUGACUCGGCAGAUCAACGAAACGGAGGAGUUUGGCAAGGAGAUCGAUCUGGAGUACUGCACGCACCGGGAUCAGUUGAAACCGAGCGAGCGCAGGAUCACCCUGCUGAAGAACAAGAAUCAGUCGCUGAUCAAUUUCAAUCACAACAAGGAAAAGCUGCGCAAGGGCUGGCACGGUAUGAAGCAUUGGCUGGGCGAGGAGGGCUCCAAGAUCAAGGAGGCAGUGCGUCAGCAGACGCCGCUCAAGCGUUUGGCCCAAUCCCGGAGCAAUCUGAAUCAGUCGACGGCGGAUGCCAGUCGUACGUCCAUGUCGCCGGAACGCAGUCGCCGCGAAAUGACCGAGAGCUGCGAGGAUGUCACCGAUCGCACCGAAAUGGAGUCGUCCGUUUCGCACCGGAACAGCGAGGAGGAUUUGUCGCCGAAUGCCAAGCGGUUCAAGGAUGAGGGACAGAACGGCUUCGAGGAACUCCGGCGAUAUGUGAAACAGGGCGGCGACUUCAGCAAGGAGCUCAUUUUCGUCCUGCAGGAGAGAGCCGACUCGGAGCUGAUCUACUCCAAGUCGCUGUCGAAGCUGGCCAGCAAGCUGAACAAGGCCGGCAGGGAGAUCCCCGGGAGCGUGGCCGACGCCUGGCGUGGCGUGGCUACGGAGAUGGAGAGCCGCAGUGACAUCCAUCGCCAGCUGGCGGUCUCGCUCACGGAUGAGUUGGUCAAGCCGCUCAAGAGCGUCGUCGAAGGACACCACAAGGCGCGCAAGGCGGUGGAGAGCAAUGUGGACAAGGCGUCCCGUCUCUUGGGCGAAUGGCGGGCCAGCGAGGCCAAGGCGAAGAAGGCAUCCCAUACAGCGGCCCGCGAGAACGAGAAGCUCCAGGACGCGAUGCUGGACGUGCGCAUUCAGAAGUCCCCAUCGAUCGCCCUGCUCCACCAGGGACCCAAUAAGCAGGCCGCCGAGAAGGAGCUCAAGUCGGCGGAGAAGGAUUGCGUCAAGCUGGACAACAAGCGCAAGAAGGCCGAGGAGGCAGUGAAGCGGGCAGAUGUCGAAUACUACACCCUGUGCGUCCGGGCGGAGCGUGCCCGUGUCGACUGGGAGAUGGCCGUGCUCCGGGGAAGCGCCCAAUUGCAGAGUAGCGAGCAGCAACGACUAGGCAAUAUGCACAACUUUGCCCAGCAGUAUGCCCGACUCAUCUCGGACAUGAAUCCGAUCCUGGGGGGACUAAACAAUCGCCUACAGCCGCAGCUGGAGGCCUGCAAUGUGGCCAAGGACAUGCAGGUGGUGCGCCACAUCCGCCGCAACUCGGAGGGGCCCAGUGAGCAGCUGCUCCCCGAUUUUUACUGCGAGCACACCACGCUGGCCAUGAACCGCGAGCGGCGCAAGCACGCCCUGAUCAAGCUACUCCAGCUGGUCAAGACGGAUCUGGAGCGCGAGCGUCGCUCCCGCGACGGAUUGAGGGGCCUCUCUCAAUCGCUCAACCACCAGGAGCACCAGAACAUUACCGACAAGCUCUAUCACAUCCGCUCUAUGUUGACUUACUUGGAGGGGGCCCGACUCAAACUGCACUCUGCCCUCUUGGAGCUGGACCACAAGCCAAGGACCACCCAUCCGCUGGCCCAGCACAUUCAGAUCACCCGUGACCGCACUGGAUUGCAGCAGAGCAUCCUAAAGGUGCCCAACUGGCUGAAGAACAACGACAAGUCGCAGACACAGCAAUCGACCAGCAUGCUGGCGAACGAUGUCACCGAUAUAACCGCUAACCACGAGGAUGAGCUCCCCGAGGAGAACUGCUCCCACCUGCACAGCAGCAGCAAUAGCAACAACAACAGCAACGGCUCCUGCACUGACAUUAGCUCGGUGGUAAAGCAGUUCAACCGGAGCAAGAGCAACAUCGAGACCAACUUCACCAGCCAACCAAAGAUAAUCUCGACCACAAAUGCCGCGGUGGCCGCGUCCGUAAAGUCCAAAACUCUGGCCAAUCUGCAGGAUGGCCAUCACAAUCACCAUCACCAUCACAAUGAUCGCGGCCAGGCGGAUGGUGGAUCCAAUCAGCAGGACUCUGAUUUCGAUGAGUUCAGCUCGCAGGACGAGGAUGAUGAGCCGGAAAAGCCACAGCAGCUGCAAAAUCCAGCCAUCAAGGCCCAAAUGCAGACGCAGCAUUUCUACCAGAAUGCGCAGGAUCUGCAGAAGAGCCAGAAGGACGGAUCCGGUCCAAUACUGGGGCGCUGCAAGGCGCUCUACAGCUACACCCCGAAGCUCUACGACGAGCUGGAACUGAGUCCCGGCGACAUCAUCGAGGUACAUGCCAAGCAGGACGACGGCUGGUGGCUGGGUGCUCUGCGCAACCACGUCGGCAUCUUCCCGGCCACCUACGUGGAGGAGUGCGCCUAAGCGCAGAUACCAGAUGCCCAGGAUCCCUCCAUAGCUAUACAUACAUAUAAGAGCGAAUGAGUGUGUGCGACUGCCAGAAGAGUGCGUGUUUGUUGUGGAGCGAUUUGUUUGACAUGAAACCAUUGAAGGCGGAAAAACGUAAUCCCAAGGAGAGCCCAAGGCUAUUUUUCAUAUUUCAGGCGUAAAAUCAACUUUGAAACUGCCACCAUUUUCUAUAUAUAAUCUUGUAAUCAAUAUCACUCUGUAUUCAACCCACAAGAAACAACAAGGAAACACUUGUUUGGGUAUAUUUUCUCUAAGAACAAGCUGUCAUAUUGGCAUAUGUUUUUUUCAAAAAACUAUUCGAAAAACGUAAUCCCAAGGAGAGCCCAAGGCUAUUUUUCAUAUUUCAGGCGUAAAAUCAACUUUGAAACUGCCACCAUUUUCUAUAUAUAAUCUUGUAAUCAAUAUCACUCUGUAUUCAACCCACAAGAAACAACAAGGAAACACUUGUUUGGGUAUAUUUUCUCUAAGAACAAGCUGUCAUAUUGGCAUAUGUUUUUUUCAAAAAACUAUUUUCUUGAAACGAAAAUUAUUCAUUUUUGUUAAAACAUUUUCUUUUGUAAAAAUGAUACAAUUUUGCCUAACUUAAAUAUGAACUUCCUUAGCCAAUCGGAAAGGCUUUCUGUUUUUUCAUAACUUUUUCUUGGUAGACAAGUAAGAUAAAUACGUUGUUCAAACGAAAUUCUAAUAUCAAAGUGAGUUGAGAAACAGAACUUACGAAAUUUCAAUUUUGACAUUUUGCCUUGGAGUAAAUACUUCUUGAUUUCUUUAAGAUUACCCAAUCACGAGUACUUUUUAUGUUUGUCGCAAUAGAACCGUUUUUAAUUUUAUAGCCGUCCAAAAUUAAGCCUAUUAUUUUAUUAUUUGUUUUCUUGUAAAGAUUAUGUUUACCUAUGUUUUUUGUCUCAAACAAAUCGAGCUACCUUAGUCUUACACAGUUAGUUGACCUGAUCUUGACAAGAUUCCGAUCCCAGGACAGGCCUUUGCAUUAAGCAUACUAUGUAAUCUACGAGUAACGAUUGUAUUAACUUAUAUACUUUUUUUUAUUUUUUUAAUUACCAAAUACAUAUACUUUAUAUUUA